AUGCAACGAGUACUCUUCGAGAUUUCAUUGAAUACUUCACUGCAAGAUAUGGCUGUAUUUGCCGAACUCGAGCAUCAUACACAUUUUCGUGAAGAACGAGAGGUUUUGUUUGAUUUCAAUACUCUUUUUAAUGUGACUCAUGUUGAGUACGAUCCAUUUGAUCAUAUUUGGAGUGUGAAAAUGAUUGCCAUUGCAAAAAGUUCGAUCAAGGAACAUCCUUAUCUUAGCACGAUACGAGAAAUGUUCGUUCAGAAUCAUUCGGCUACCGUUGCCUUUGGCAUCACCAUGGCAUAUGGUUUUGAAAAAAAGCAGCAAGCAAUUCGUUAUUUUGAUCAAAUAUUACUCACUUUGCCGCCUUAUCAUGUUGAUCUGCCAGAUAUUUUGGAACAAAGAGCUAUUUUGUAUCAAGAAAAAGGUGAAAACAAAAUGGCUUUAAAUGAUUAUGAACGGGCUCUUGAAAUUCGUCGCCAACGUAUCCAGGAGAAUCUAUUGGGCAUUGCUUCACUCAACAGUAAUAUUGGUAAUCUUCAAAGAGCAACAUCCAAUUUCGAGGCAAGUUUGAAUAGUCAUCAUGCAGCACUGACUACUUACGAACAAUUGUAUGGAACAGAGGAAGAUCAUAUAAAAAAAGCGAAGGUGAACGAAAACAUUGGUUUGACUUAUUAUAGCAGUGGAAGUGCAUCCAAGGCGCUUGAAUAUUUAGAGCGUGCACAAGUCGCAUACAAACAACUGUUGCCUGAAAAACACAUAUUCAGUAUUGAACUUCUUGGACAUGUCGGAGCAAUUUAUGAAGCAACAGGAAAUUUAACUUUAGCAGAAAAUUUAUUUCAUCGUCAACUGAAUUGGAGUGAGACAAUUCUCCCAUCAGAUCAUCCCCUACUCAUUACAUUUCUCGAUUCUGUCUUACGUAUUCAUAUGAAGAUGAAUCAAACGUCCAACAUUAGCACAAUAUUCACCGAAUAUCUAAAAAAACUCAACAAAACGCUUGGUCAGAAACAUCCUAUAAUUCCUCGUCUUCUUGUUAUGGUUGCUUUCUUGCUCGAACCAGCACAACCCGUCGAUGCUAUCAAGUUUUAUAAGCAAGCUAUUGAAAUAAGCCAAGAUUUAACACAACGGGAUCGAUUUACAAUAGUAAAAUGUCACAAGAAUCUUGCAUCAUUGUACCGAAAAACUGGAAAUCUGACAGAAGCACUCAAAUAUGCUACUCAAACUCUUAAUCUUCAGCAGCAAUUCUUAUUCGAAGAAGAAAACUAUUUACUCGAAGUUGCCGAUGCACUAAACAACAUUGGUAUGAUCUAUUUAGAAAUGAAUUUAUCCACAGAUGCUCUUCCAUAUUUGACGAAGUCACUAACGAUGUAUCGAUCGACGUAUUCAUCAGAUCAUCCCACUGUUCAUGCCAUUUUGACCAGUAUCAUUCAUGCAGCCAACCAAAGUCAAUCGAUUAGUUAA